CCAACGUGCAGGGAAGUCGCUCUUUCUUCACUUUGCGCAGCUAUGCAACACAUUCCAGCGCCACACCAGCUUCUACUUGGACCUUCCUUUUGAUGGGGAAACACUAAACUUGUCUUAUAGCUGUAGGGACGCGUUGAGCAGCGCUCAUGUGAGAUCGAAAAUAAGUUGACAUGUCUGCCAAUCAAGGACUUCUCAACAACGUCUUCUCCUGCUCUUCUCCUGCCUCCAAAGCCAUAACCAAACGGAGGCUACGCCAAACCCGGAGCCUGGACCCCGCUAUUAUAAGACACGACACCGAGACCGAGGGAGUGAGUGGCGCACAGUUUUCUGGAGCGGCGGCUGCGGACGCAGCUGUGUCUCCGGAGCGCUUGGCUGUGAAACCGGCUUUACGCACCAAGAUUCCUAAACUAAAGGAGCCCAUAACCCCGUCUCUCUCUUCUCCUUCCAUACCUUUGGAUGUUUCUCCGUCCUCCAACUUCCACUUUGACUAUGAUAUAGAGAAACGUGCCAAAAGGAAUACCGCCGGGGAUUUACCGUUUCUGGUGAGGGGGCCCAGUGGAGCGCCGUCCGGGAGCACUGGCACUCUGUUCUCUCCGCGGAGGUGGCUUCAGAAGAAAGUGCAGCCGUCCAGCUCUCACGCUUACGUGGUGUGGAAAUCAGAGGGUGAUUACACGUGGAGCAGCCUGUCGGGGCGGAGCGUGCGUCUGACGCCCGUUGCCAUCCAGAGUCUGUCUGAGCUGGAGAGGGCCAAGCUGCAGGAAGUAGCCUACACCCGUUUACACCAGGACUAUGAUCUGGGAUGUCAGAUAACCAUGCCAAAAGAUGGACAGAAGAGGAAAAAGUCGCUGAGGAGGAAGUUGGACUCGCUAUCAAAAGAGAAGAGUAAAGACAAAGAAUGCAUACCCCAGGCCUUCAGUAUAGUGCUCUCCCAGGUCAUCGCUAACGACAGAACACACAGGCAGCGUCAGGACAGCUAUCGCCAGGACCCUCCACAGCGUGAGGAGCACAAGGACUCCUCUGACCUUGUGUCGUCCAUUUUACAGUUUGCCACCAAGCGGCCGUCCAAUAAGGAGUUAUCCAGCAGUAACUCCUCUUUGAGUUCCACAUCCGAGACAGCCAAUGAGUCAACGUCACCCAACACGCCUGAGGCUGCACCCCGAGCACGCAGGAGGGGAGGCAUGUCAGUGGACUCGAUCACGGACCUGGACGACAACCAGUCCCGCCUGCUCGAGGCCCUGCAGCUCUCUCUGCCGGCCGAAACGCCGAGUAAAAAGGAGAAGCACCGUGACAAAAGGCUGAGCCUCAAUCCCAUCUACCGCCAGGUGCCCCGGGUGGUCGACAGCUGCUGCCAGCACAUCGAGAAAUACGGUUUGCAGACUGUGGGGAUCUUUAGAGUGGGAAGCUCCAAGAAGAGAGUCCGACAGCUACGUGACGAGUUUGAUCGCGGCAUUGACGUCCAGCUGGAUGAGGAGCAAAGCGUCCAUGAUGUGGCUGCCCUGCUGAAGGAGUUCCUGAGGGACAUGCCUGACCCACUCCUCACCAAGGAGCUCUACACGGCCUUCAUCAACACCACAUUGUUGGAUCCAGAUGAGCAGCAGAAUGUUACUCAGCUACUGGUCUACCUGCUCCCAGCAUGCAACAGUGAUACUCUCCACCGCCUCCUGGAGUUUCUGUCGACUGUGGCCGACCACGCCCAUGACCGGCAGGAUAAAGACAGACACGAGAUCACAGGGAACAAGAUGACGUCUCUGAACCUGGCCACCAUCUUUGGCCCCAACCUGCUCCACAAGCAGAAGAGCUCAGACAAGGAGUUCAGCGUCCAGAGCUCAGCCAGGGCCGAGGAGAGCACAGCCGUCAUCGCCGUGCUGCAGAGGAUGAUCGCCAGCUACCAAACCCUGUUCAUGGUGCCUCCUGAUCUGCAAAAUGAGGUUUUGAUGAAUCUAUUGGAGACGGAUCCAGAUGUGGUGGACUACCUGCUGAGAAGAAAAGCAUCGCAGAGUCCCGACCUGUUGCAGUCAGAGGAGCCCUUCGCCCUGAGCGAGCGCCAUUCCUCCAGCGACUCCAACAAGGUGUCCAGCGGCGAGGUGUCCCCUUAUGACAACAACUCCCCAAUCCUGAGCGACCGGAGAGGAGAGCCAGGAAGCCCGGGCGGCGAGCCGCUCUUCCGUGUCCCAGAACAGUACACUCUGGUGGGGCAGGUGGCCGGCUGGAGCAGGGACCCUGGGGCUGACACUUGGGGUGCCAAAGACGCUAUAUCAGAGGAGCACGCUAACAUUUGGGGGACGUGGCACACUACUCUGAAACAAACACUUAAGGACCAAGCAUACACAGGUUCCCAUGGCAACAUGUCAGAGGGAAGCUCCCGCAGCUCACAGGAAGGUCUCGACGGACACCAUGGCGAUGGCAGGCAGCAGGCAACGCUGCAACGGACUCAGACAGCGCCUGGCAUCGCCGAGUGCAGACCCCACCCCCCGGUCACCAGAGUGUGUGCCCAGCUCAACACCAACCCCUCUGCGACGUCACACCUCAAUAGCACGCAAGGCCUCCAUCGAGCAAGCGGACACGCACUUAACCCGACCUCGAGACCUCAAAGCGGGGUGAACACUGCCGAUGGUGGCCCUGCUGUUCGUAACGACAGCCGCUUUCCUCCUCCUUAUAACGCCCACCAUCGACUGUCUAGUUCCCAAAGUUCGCCUCAGCCCUCGACAGGUCAGCGGCCCCCUCUGCAGCGUGGGAGGCUGAGUGCAGCGCAAAGUAAUAACUCUGCCUCAACGACAGAGAACCAAAUGGUGCCGCAUAGCCCGGAGUGGCAGGACUGGCAGAGGGACCGGUGGCAGAUCUGGCAGCUGCUGUCCUCGGACAAUGCCGACGCACUGCCUGAAACGCUGGUGUGAUCUCAGACCACGAACUGCUCCGCUAGCCAACCAAUGGCGUGAUCAAAACCCAUCCAAUGACAAUCACUCCUUAUCUCUACCUUCAUUUCAAGUUCUCUCAGCCUGCCUUUCAUCCAUUCAUGGAUUUCAUCCCUCUGUGCUUCUCCUGCGUCCUAGCGCCAUGGCGUUGUUGUUUACGUGUGCAGCUGCUGCCUUACACAGACUUUUGCAUCCAAGAGCCACUAGUAUUUGUUUAAAAUGGAUGUUAAAAAGUUGCUUUCCAUACGUUUUGUCCAUAAUGACAUGAGUUGAGUUGGGAGCAUAAAAAUGCCCACCGGAAAUACCUCAAAAAAACUAUCCUUUUGUAGUUUCACAGAAUGUUACCACGACCAUAUUUUCUAUUCAGAGUGAGUUCAGUCUUCAUAUCUCAAUUGAGAACAAUAGGAAAACAUUUGUUUCUUUAGUUUGUUUUCAAUUCAUAAUUAAAAAAAACUUUCUCCAUACAGACACCAAGAUGUACCCAUUAGUAAAUGCUGCUAAAUGUCGAACUUUUGUGUGCGUACUGGUAUUGUAAUUCAGCCACACCUGUCUAAAAAUGUAUAUAUAUACAAACAUACAUACACAAUAUAUAUAAAUUGACAUGUAAAGUAUAUAAUAUGCCAUUCUACUAAAAGCAAGUCAGCUCUUUAAAUGGCAGUCUAAAUGUUGGUGUUUAAUUAUAAAGCACUUGGCUGUAAGUUUGCUUAUAUAUGUGCUCUUGCCACCUGCUGCAAGGCAGCAACAUUGUGCCAAAGUCACAAAUUGUUUUUUUUACUUCACAAUAUUUAUCGUACUGUUCAUUUCAUCCAGUUCAUUUCGGAUAAAAGACUCAAGAGCUUGGGACAUUGGCACGUCUUUGUCAGGAAUUUCAUCAUACAGGUAUAAAAAAAGGAGGCUAAUUUUAAAACACUAACAUGACAUCAUUAGGAUCAUAUUUCGGACUAUUCAUUAAAUGACUGACUCCUGAUGCUCAAACACUUAAAUUAAGAUGAAGAAAGAGCAAGCCUUAGUGGCCCACAUAAUAAAUAUCAAAAAUGUAUUUUUAUAAAAAAAGGUCAGUGUGCAUACAAAUAGACUAAUAUAGUAGUAUAAAUAAGAACCAGGGUUAUGGUUAGAUAUCCGAAAUAGUACUUUUAAAGUUACAAUCUCAAAGAUCUCCAUUUGCUCUCUUUGGCGUCACCUAUGUUAAUAAGCGGUAAUUGUAGAUGUGUUUUUGGAUCUCACCCCCCAAAGAUCCAAACUGUGUUGCCUGUGUGAUGUCAGUCAGUUGGCAAUUGAAGAGUGAGUCUGUUGCUUUAGCUCCACCUAGCCUCUCUGGCAGACCGACCACUGCUCGGUGAUGGAAAACGCAUUACUAUUGUGCAUUGCUUGUGAUUGUGUUACCUCGUUCAGCGAUAGAUAGCGACUUAGACACAAAAACGUGAAAAUAGGGUGCAGGUUGAAAAAUACUGUUGUCCUUUAAGAGACAUUUACUUAAAUGAAAAUCUUUGAGAUUAUUACUUUAAAUAAUUCUUAGCCUUUUGAAAUCAUGUCUGGAAGACCAGAGGUUUUAGAGAAACAUGUAAAAACAGUGUCACGUGUCUAAAUGUAUCGGAAUUCAAUGUAUAAAAUGUUUUCUCGCAUUGCCAAGUAUUCUAUGUCCAUUUGGUCUUUAAGAUUGAGAAUCAUUUGAAUGUAUUAUUUGACCUUAAUCUGGUUACAUCAAGGCAAAACAUAAACUACAGUCUGGAACUUUAUUUCCCAUGUUCAACGCAAAAACUGGUAUGAAGUUACACUAAUGCAUUCUUCAAGAUUAUAACCUGAUGAUUGAAAAACUAUAAAAGUCCAAACACAAUAAAGUAUAAUAAUAUCAACAGUAUUGCAUUCACAUGAAUGACUCUUGACUGAUCCGUGAUAGUAUACUUCUCAUUCUAGACUGAAUAUGCCAUCUGAGUGCAGAGUCCUUGCCUAUCUAAGAGGCUUAAAGCAUUUCACAACCAACCUGUCCAAAUCCUCUCAAAUGUCAGUCAAGUGGGUAUUUGCUGGCAAAUAUUUCACAUUUUCAAUUUAUGAUGUGCUCAGUUGAAGUCAGCGUUAAAUCUAGUGACACAUUUUGUAUAAUUUAAUGUCUUCUUUGUCUUGGUUUGCUUGUACAGUAUGUGACUUUGAGAAGUCAUCGGACAAGAACCACAAAAGUGCAAGAAGUGGAAGGAUUGUGGUAAGGUGUAUGGCGCCAUCUAUUGUCGGACCAUGUGUAUUAGCAUGUUGCUGCUCCCCACAGUCCACGGUUUCCAUGGGAUCCAUCUGUGCUCAGUUUAGAAUCAAUUAGCUUGUGAUUAUAAGCACCUUUUUGUGAAAAUUGUGUAAAUCCGUGUGAGGAAAAAAAAAUGUGCCAUAGGUCUUGCUCUUAAAAAAAAAUUCUUCAUGCAUUGGUGAAAGUUCUUAUUUUGGGAAUGUUUUUGUAUUACUUCAUUUUCUGGUGAGUGUUGUAAUAUAUAAAUACAACAGUUUUUAUUCAAGGAGAAAAACAAAUUAAGGUGGGAAUAUAAUAUAAUGAUCCUAACUUUGUCUCCCCAAGCCAAGACUAUAAUUAAUAGAAUUUUGUUUUGUAUAGCGCUUUUCAUGGAUUCAAAGUCGCUUGUCACCAUGUAAGUCUCGUUGACUUUACUAUGAAACUAAGAGAGACUUAGUGUUAUGGUGUUUUUAUUGUGGAUAUCUUUGGUGGGGUUUACUGGGUCCAAGUUGUCAAUGGAAUGUCUGGUAAUUGCUUUUGUACUGCGUGCCAUCAUCAAUAUUCUACAAUGGAAUUAAAUAUGAUAACGUUUA